AAUCUCAUUUGUAUUUUGUGUGUGUUCUUGUAAUCUGUGUCGUAUUUUUGUUAGUGUUUUUCGUCGUUAUUUUGAAUAAUUGAGGCUGUCUGUGCGUACUUGAGACAAAAAUUUUCGAAAGGAUGUCAGGUUUUAUAGGUAGAGGUCUGGCGUCAGGUCUUAGGAUAUUUGGAAUUCAAAGUGAAGCAGAUAGAGUCUGCCAACGAUGUUCCACAAUCAUAGAUGGACCUUGCAUGUGUGCUCCGUCAUACCCAUAUAGGCGUUUGGAAGUUGAGAAGCAUGAAAGACCUGUUAAAAUAACUUUUUACAAAUCCGAUUACUCGGAUGUAGGCAAAGUAGUUAUGGAUGUUGAGAGGUCUAUGAUUGUACAUGAUUUAUGCAAGAUACUCGCACAAAAAAUGGAAUUUACCACUACGGCAUUUUGGUCGUUGGUAGAAAUCUGGGUGGAUAAAAAGGCCGAGCGUGUGCUUGAAGAACACGAAAAAAUGGUGGACGUUUACAAAGAAAUGUUGAAAUUCAAAAGGAGAGCUACCGUUCGCUAUGUGUUGAGACAAAAUGUAUCCAAAUUCGAUUUUCUAGUCGAACCUGUUAGAUGUCGAAAUGAAGGAGGUAUAAUUUGUGAAGAUCCAAAGUUUUUCGAGGAUAACCAUUUGGUUUGUUAUAUCGAGAAAUCUGUGGACGAAAGUAUAUGCCCAGUUUUCUUCUCAAGAGCCUUGAUGCUGAAUGAUAAGGGUUGGAAAUUAGUUUUUAUUUUACUGAAAGACAGGAGGUUGUAUUAUACCGAUGAUAGAGAUGGUGAGACGAGACUAAUGGAGUUGUCAGAGAUGGAGAUCAGGAAACACUUUUACCCUUUGGGACCGAUCGAUUUGCGUGACAUCCCCGGACUGGUCCUGAUCGGCGAAUUAUCGAAGCUGCAAAUAUACCGCGUAACGAAAAGUGGCAAUCCCUCCGUGGAAAACACCGCAACUAAUGCAUUUUUGGUGAGACCCACGGCUACCCCACGUGUUCGGACCACCGAGGAGGACACGGAGGAAGCUGAGCAUUUGGCGCGCAUCCCCGUGCUACCUAAGGGGGUGAUUCGUUGUACCAGUCUAUCUCCCAACUUUGCGACGACUUGGAUCGCCCUCAUGAGGCUGGCGAAGUAUGGGAAACAACUACGAGAGAACUACCGAGCUUUCAAGAACAAGAAUGAGGCUCCAGCCAGGGAAUUCGGCAGAGCCAAUGUUCCAAAUCCGCUCCUGAACAGUCCACUCUUCAGAAGAAUGGGCUGCAAAGCUCACUUAGGAGAGAGAGCUCGUAAAAAAGAUCAAGAUCAUUUGGCUCUACUAGACUUCUCCGGAGGACGCGAUUCUUCUGGUUUUGAGCUCACGGGCUACGGAUCAAGGAAGGAUGCUUUAGUUUUAUAUUCAUUUUUGGCUUUACCUAGAUCAUCCAAGCAUUAUAAUAGAGGAAACACUCUAGAAAGGUUUUCUCAGUCUAUAAGAAGAAAUAUGGAACGUUAUGGUGAUGAUCCUAAAAAUUAUCCUUCACCGUCAGUCCCUUUAGAACAUCAGCCUUCCACGUCACGUGAUACCGAAGAACAAGACUCGUCUGAAAUUGCUGAAAAAGCGAGAAGGUUCGGGGCUAUAAAGAAGAUAUUUUCCUCGAAGAAAAACAAGAGUGGAAAGAAAAAGAAAAACGCAGGAGACAAAGUUUCGCCUGACCAAGUCGAGGGAGAAGAACUUGAGAUGCAAUAUAAGGAAUACGUUUCGGAAGAAAAAUCCGUAAGUUUAUUCUCAUUUGUUCGAAGAAGAAGAAUGCUAAUGAAUUUCGAUUUCGUAUCACUUUCAGAAAAACGAAGACGUUGUGGAAGAAGCCCCUCAAGUCGUAGAACUACAAGCAGAGGCAGCUGCUUCUUUACCAACAGAGGAGGAAGGAUCAACUGCAGUUUUUCGUUUGCCAGUGAGUCUCGAUGAAAAAACUAAGACAACAAUAACCGUACAAAUCCAUAAUGAAAACCCCCAAGGUUAAAAUUAGCGUUUCCUGCUAGUUACCAAGCAUUUUCUUCAGCGAACAUGGAAAUAAUCAUGCACGUACAUUAAGGUGUAGAUGGUUCGAAAGAGAAUUCAUAUUGACGUUGAAUCCAGUGAGUUUUCUCGCAAAACUCAUCUGACGAGUGAAGCGGGAAAUGAAACACAACCACCGAUUCUCGAACGAGUAAGUCGCAAUCCAAAUUUUUUUUAGUGAUUUCGACCGAAAGUGCGGCAAUUUGAAUUGGACGAUACCGAAAAAAAUUUCGUUGAAUAUGAAUGAAAAACCCUCCGAUUUAAUCAAAGUUCUUGGACGACGAAGAGACAGAAAAGCGACGAACCUUCUGGUGAAGAUUAGACUGAAAUUUCCUGUUACUUUCACCACAAUCACACCUGAAAAAUUAAUUUCCAACCAUAACCGACAGAAAUUGCGAAAGAUAGAGAGGUAUAUUGAAUUGGCACUUAAAAAAUGACUGAAAUCCUUAUGUACAAUAGACGAUCCGAUUGAGAUCAGAAUGGUGAAAAUUUUGAAUGAACCUAUUUGAUCGACUUCCAGGACAGAGUGAGCCAGCAGUAUAAGAUUUUUGACAAGAGUGGAACAUUUUUCGAAAUUUUUACAUGAGAAUGAUUCCGUUAAUCUGGAUGGAUAGCUGAGAACUGAAUUUUAUUUGCAUUAAAUUUUAUCAAGUACAA